AUGCGAGGGCCUCUAUUUCUUCCCGAGCCAACGCUUGCCGAGCUUGAUUUCAAAUCUUACUCGGAUGCAGAAGGAGCGAUCAUGAUCUCAUCGGCGCCGGCGCUGAUGUCACGACCGCCACUGCGAAAUUACGGGAAGGUCGAUUCUAUGAAGAGGAAGAGGAAGCGGAAGCAGGGGCUGUUAUUACGCAGGUUGCUUUAUGACGACGGCGAGAAGGAAGAGAAGACCGAGGUCAAUGGUCUUGGCCUUGGCAAGAAGGACGCGAAGAGUGAAGUGGGUGGUAUAUUGGAGGAGGGCAUCAGCAGAUGUAGAAGGUGCAGGAAGGAAUACCUGGUCGCGAUGAACACGCCUCGGACAGCUCACGAGAUACCCCUGCAGUAUUCCGCUUUGUUUGCCACUCCGCCGUCAGACGAGGUGGUGAAUGCGGAGGAGGACGCUGGUGUUAUGUGCAAAGAUGAUAAGCUUCCUGAGCGACCUCGACGGUCGGGGCUGUGGUUAUCUCUCGUGUCCAAGUCGUGCCUUCAACCCUCGCUCACUCUGGCUUCCACUUCAUCAACGUUCCUCGAUCUACCGUCAUCACCCACGCUAUCAUCCUCAUCUCUUUCACCAACACCAACGCCCUCAUCUCCAUCGCCUUCCUCUUCCUCUCUCUCCUCCGACAGUGCAUCAUCAUCAACAUCCUCGGCCUCUUCUCUUAUAUCAACAGCUACAUCAUCCUCGUCACUAAUCACAACACCCACCUCUUCUCCGUGCACCUCGCCGGAAGGAAAGGAAUACCUGACAUCUGGCAUCGUUGACGAGCCACUUCUUAAUACUAAUACCAAUCAGACGCCUCAAGGCGCGUCAUCGAGGUUUUCGGGGUUCUCGUUGAGAUCAUGGCUCUCCCCGUAUGUCUCAGGGACUGAAUCGACGUCUCCUCUGGAUCACGUCGACGCCUUGAAUAACUUCGACACGGUUCCGCUUCCUGACCUCGACGAACAGUCGCUGAAAGGAAAUCUACAGUCAGAGGAAGAAACUUGCUCCUGCUAUCGUCGGCGUCUACGACAUCCUCGUUCCCAUCCACCGUUUAGUAGCAAUGCAGCGGAUGGGCAUAGACAUCGGAAGCUUGAGCGGACGGUGGUGACGUUCGGAGACUGCCCUCUCUCAACCACCCGUGCCGACGCACCAGUCUUUCUCUCUGCUACCGCUGCUACCAAUGAACGAUCAACACAGGCGUCAACGCUCGCUGUCCCUCGUGUAAUGCCCUCUUUAUCCCUAGGCCGGGCACUAUCAUCCCACUUAGUGACGGUGGGAAGGGUUCUGCAACAAUUCAAGCAGUUCCACACCGCUUACGUUGGCGCUGUUGCUGGAUUUGCGGUGAUCGAUGGAGGGAAUGUGAAUUAUGGAGUUGCAGGCGUGGAAGAGAGAGGGGGGCGGUCGGCAGACAAGAUCGUCGACGCGCGCGACUGGUUGAUGGGCGCGCAAGGUGUGGGCGUGGGGCGGGGUAUGGGAGGGGUGAUGUAUGGUGUUGGCGUGAGGCGGGGUGUUGGAGGCGGGGUGCUUAGCGAUCUUGCGGCCCAUGGGAAGCGUGUACCAGAAGAGACGGCAGCGAGAGUGAGAGGACGAGGAAGGAUCAGAGUUAGGCGAAAGAAGAGCGGGUAUAGGGCGAAGAAGGAAGACGUAGCGAGUGUGUUCCCGCCUCAGGUGGGGACCCCUUCGUCCGUGACCACGGCGGCUGCGAUGACCAUGAAGGAAGUCGCGGUCUCGAGGGCGGCUGCUGGAUUUAGGUCUCCCAUUUCCGGGACGUACGAGGAAUUGGGCGACGAGGGAGAUGAUCUCCGUGUGGUUGAGCUCGCGCCGCUUUCGCGUCGAACGCUGUCGUCAUCUUCAGGAUCGUCUCGCGGGCGGCGGAGAUUGAGUUCGUCGACGUCGUUCGUGGCAUCAUCAUCCUACUCGCCUUACAACCCGAACUCACUCCAUCCCCCAUCCUCUUCCUCCUCGCCUUCCUCCUCACGUUCUUCCUCCUCCUCGUCGAGAAUCCCAUCCGCAUCCUCCUCGUCGAAAGCCAGCUACUCGCCAUACGCCCACUCGGCUGACCACAUCAUCGCGCCAUCGACAUCUGCUCCCACGGCCGCUGUGAAGAAGGCGACCACACCGAUAUAUCUGCGCCCGAUUGCCAAUCCGGUGUAUUUGAGGCUGAAGGCCGUGCAGAAUGUCGUGAGGGUGAUGACGUAUGGGGCAGGCAAUGCCUCCAGCAGCACCGUUUCUUCCGCCGUAGCGGCGGUGGACGUGGUUGGCGCGACGAUUUCGUCGGGGUUGGCUAAUCCUCUGCUUAAGGAUACCUCCGCCUCCGCCUCCGCCUCCGCCUCCACCACCCCUUCCACCUCACGCUCCGCACCCGCUUCCCCACCCCCGCCCGACGUCGAUGUCGACUCCCCCACCAUGACAGACCGCAAAGUCACCAUCGAGGACACGGCAUCGGCGCUGGCGCUCGGCCUCCUGCGGGCGGGCGCUAUGGGCAGCGGGCGCGAGCGCGUGUGCGGGGUCGGCGGCGGGGGGCGGCGGAGGAGUCUGCUGGGGAUGGGGAGUCUGUGUGCGGAUGUGGGGGUGGAGUGUUGUUAG